AUGAAGGACGAGGUGGCCAUGAAGGCAUGGUUCGAGGAAUGGAUCACAGAGUAUGGCAAGAGAUACAAAAACAAGGAGGAGAAGGCUCGGCGCUAUGAAUUGUUCAAGGCUUUUGCAAAUAUGGUGGGCAAGGCAAUCGCAGAAGUGAUGGCCGCUGAGAACGUGCAAUCACCAUCCGUGCAAGUGCACCAGCUAGUGUGGCCAUGA